AGUCUCCCUCCCUCAAUCCCACCUUCCUGCUCCCUCGUCACCCCAUCUGUCUCCUGGAGCUCACACAAACCUUGACCACUUGAGAGAUGCUACUGCUUCUCUGCCAUUCCCUCCUGCUCAUCUUUGCUCAACAGUGCUUCAGCAGGGCGCAGAACAAUGGGCAGCUGCAAGCUCCUCAGGGUGGACGGGCUACGACAGAGAGGCGCCAGUUCUGCCAGUGGCCCUGCAAGUGUCGGGAGAGACCUUACUGUGCCCCUGGUGUCAGCUCUGUCCUGGAUGGGUGUGGCUGCUGUAAGAGCUGCGCCCGACAAAUUGGAGAGCCGUGCAAUGAGAGGGAUGUGUGCGACCCACACAAGGGCAUGUACUGUGACUUCUCAGCAGACAAGCCAAGAUACGAGGUUGGAGUGUGUGCAUACAUGAUGGCGGUAGGCUGUGACCUGAAUGGGGUCCACUAUGAGAAUGGAGAAGCCUUCCAGUCCAGCCCCCUCUACAAGUGUACAUGCAUCGCUGGAGCUAUCGGCUGUACCCCUGCUUUCAUCCAGAAGCCUGCUGGUCUCUUAGGCUCUGCACCACUGAUCAGCAACACGCCAGCUGGCCUUCGCAGUGGCCAGAGCCCAAACAAGCACCAGCAGGACACUACCUACAUGUCAGGUGUGUGUUACAGGGAUCCUCCUUUAGCCUGGAAGAAGAACUGCCUAAUCCAGACCACCCACUGGAGUCCCUGUUCCAAGACCUGCGGCCUGGGCAUCUCUGUACGCGUCAACAACGAUAACAGCAAGUGUGAGAUGAGGAAAGACCGCCGCCUGUGCUUGCUGCGACCGUGUGAGAAAAGCGUGCUCAGGAGUGUUAAGGUGCCAAAGGGAAAGACGUGCCGACCCAAAUUCCAGGCAAAGAAAGCAGAAAAGUUGACUCUCUCUGGCUGUACCAGCAACAAAAAGUUUAAGCCCACAUACUGUGGUGUGUGUACAGACAAGCGCUGCUGUGUCCCCAACAAGUCACGCAUGAUCAAGGUCAACUUCACCUGCAAAGGAGGCUCCAAAACACAGUGGAAGAUGCAGUGGAUAACGUCCUGUGUGUGUCAGAGGAAGUGCAACGAUCCGGGUGACAUGUUUUCUGACCUGCGGUUACUCUAAGGACCCCAAACAUCAGAGACGCAGAGUGCUGC